GAAGAGUAAAAGAACCCCACCAACUCGCCCGUCGUCGCGAUCCUGCGCUCCGCCCUCCCCCUCGAGAAAAGAAGAGAGAGGAGGAGAAAGAUUUCUUUGCUCUUCUUCGUUGGGGUUUCCUCGAUCUAUGGGUUCCUCCUUUCCUACUCCUCCUCCUCCUCCUCUUCCUCCUUGAAUCGAGUACUAUCGUCUCGCUCGCGCUCAAUAUCUAUACCUAUCUAUACACAAGCCAUGGCGGAUCCCGGGGACUCUUCCCCGCUUAUAGCGCCCGUCCCCGUCCCUGACCCCAACGACAUCGACCUCGAAGCCGGCCCCGGCGAGCAAUUCCAGUGCCGGAUCUGCCUCGAAACCGACGGAAGGGAUUUCAUAGCGCCUUGCAAGUGCAAGGGGACUUCCAAAUACGUCCAUCGUGAAUGCUUGGACCAUUGGCGGGCUGUGAAGGAAGGUUUUGCAUUUGCUCAUUGCACAACCUGUAAGGCUCCUUACUAUUUGAGGGUGCAUGUUCAUGCAGACAGGAAAUGGAGAAUUUUGAAGUUCCGGUUCUUUGUUACUAGGGAUAUACUGUUUAUUUUUGCAGUUGUUCAACUUAUAAUAUCUUCAUUGGCAUAUCUGGUCUAUUUGGUUGAUAGCUCUCACAACUAUUGGUUGCGAUUGGCUUGGGGUUUUGAUGGUGAAUUUAGUUUCUAUUAUAUAUGUGGGGCGCUAUUGUUUUUCGCUCUUCUUGGGUUAUCGGGAUGUUUCAUAACUUGUUAUGAUCGACGAGUGCGCAAUGAUUUGGCUCAACCAUGUCGAGAGUUAUGUAUUUGUUGCUGUCAACCAGGAAUGUGUGCUGACUGCCAUCUCCCUGGCACCCUCUGUAUGUGGACUGACUGUACCACGUGCUUUGAAAGUUGUGCAAGUACCGCAGGAGAAUGUGGCUGCUUAGGAGGGGCUGGCGAAGCAGGACUACCAUUGUUGUUUAUCGUAGGACUAAUUGUUCUUGGGCUCUUCACUGUUAUUGGCAUAUUUUACAGUGUUCUCGUGGCAACGAUGGUUGGCCAGAGAAUUUGGCAGCGUCACUAUCAUAUACUUGCUAAACGAAUGCUGACAAAAGAGUAUGUUGUGGAGGAUGUCGACAGCGAGGGCACUGAUUGGUGCCCACCACCUCUUCCUGCUGAGCAUGUUCAACAGCUAAAGGCACUUGGACUCCUAUAGUCUGAGCUUGAAGGCAAAGAACAGUUGUGCCUUAGAGACGGAUGGGAAGAGGCAUACGGGAGGUACUAGCAAUAUCCAAGUUAGUGCCGGUAUUGCCUUCAUAUUUGUCUUUGGUAAAUGUCCACAAAUUGAACGAUGAUCAGUGUUGCACCAUCAUCUUUAUGGAUGGUAAAUACCACCUAAGAAGUUUUUGUAAGAGCUUGUCCCUACAAAAUAGGUUAACUCAUUAAAAAACACUCCGUCUUUGUGGUUUA